AUGGUCAAUGCGUGCAAGGCCAGCACGUCCCUGCUGGACAUCGCAGCGGUCCGGCUGCGCCUCUUUUCCUCUAGAGAUGCCUGUGCUCUCUCCCUAGCGCGAAACCCGAGUCCCGAGUUGCCGCCCUUCUGGCUGCUGAUCAAGCUGUUUAUCGCUGUUCUCCUGCAUGGACGCACCGUGGUGAACACCGUGCGGGUGACCUUCCUGUCCCUGCUGAGCGCCGCCUGCCGGCUCCAGGCAGACCUUCUCCUGCCAGUGCCAGAACUCGGCCACCAGGCUGGACGCGGUGUGGGGUGCCAGGGCCUCAUGCUUCGCUUCCAGGGGGCCUUACGCCAGGAGCUGGGCCUCAACCAGAUGGCAGUGGCCGGGCUUCGGGACCCCCAGGACGAGUGCCAGGAGUCAGUAUCCUUUGAGGACGUGGCUGUGAUCUUCACCCGGGCCGAGUGGUCUCUGCUGAAUCCUGCCCAGAGGUGCCUGUACAGAGACGUGAUGCUGGAGGCCUGCAGGCACCUGGCCUUCGUGGAAUGCAAAGUGUGUGGGGAGACCUUCAGUGUCACCAACCUGCUGACGCGUCACAACAGGGAGCGCCAUGAGGAGAUGCCUUAUAUGUGUGAGCUCUGCGGGAAGGGCUCCUGCUACCCCACAUACCUGCAGGCUCAUGCCGAAAUCCAUGUUGACCUCAAGAGGCCCUUUAAGUGCCCUGAGUGCGCACAGAGGUUCCAGUAUCCCUGUAUGCUGCUCGACCACGGUAAAGUGCAUUCUGGGAUCAGGCCAUUCACCUGUGAGCCGUGUGGGGAAAGCUUCAGGACUCACUCGCAGCUGCUUAAGCACAGCCGGACCAAUACUAGGAAGAGGCCGUAUGACUGCGAAAAGUGUGGGAAGAGCUUCUGGACUCACUGUGUUCUGCGUGAGCACAGCCGGACUCACACUGGGGAGAGGUCAUAUGACUGCAAUCAGUGUGGGAAUAGCUUCAGGACUCGCUCAUGUCUACUUCGGCACAUUCGAACGCACACCAGGGAGAGACUGUAUGAGUGCGAGCAAUGUGGGAAAAGCUACGGGAGUCGAUCGGACCUACUUAAGCACAGCCGGACCCACACCGGGGAGAGGCCUUAUGCCUGCAAGCAGUGUGGGAAAAGCUUCGGGACUCGCUCGAACCUGCUUAAGCACAGCCGGACCCACACUGGGGAGAGGCCGUAUGCCUGCGAGCAGUGUGGGAAAAGCUUUAGUACUUGCUCGGGCCUGCAUAUUCACAGCCGGACCCACACCGGGGAGAGGCCAUAUGACUGCGAGCAGUGUGGGAAAAGCUUCAGUACUAGCUCAAACCUGUGUGAGCACAGCCGGACCCACAACAGGGAGAGGCCAUAUGCCUGCGAGCAAUGUGGGAAAAGCUUCGGGACUCGCUCAGACCUACUUAAGCACAGCCGGACCCAAACUGGGGAGAGGCCAUAUGCCUGCAAGCAGUGUGGGAAAAUCUUUAGUACUUGCUCGGGCCUGCAUAUUCACAGCCGGACCCACACUGGGGAGAGGCCGUAUGACUGCAAGCAGUGUGGGAAAAGCUUCAGUACUAGCUCAGCGGUGCGUAGGCACAGAUGGACCCACACUGGAAAGAGGCCUUAUGUCUGCCUGUAG